GGCACCGCUCAAAUUCAGAAGAUGAUCCACUGUGGACAAAUAGAUCAGAUGGCGAUUAUUAUUCCGCAUCAAGCGAUAAACAGAAGAAAUUAACUGCACUGAGUAGUUACAUUCCGCGUGAAACAAGUGAUUGGACGAUGAGCGAACUAGAAAAUCUUCAGAUUAAUUGGAACUGGAUCGACCCUUCAUCCACGAAGAGCAUUGAUGAAUUUUUCGACAUGUUUUCAAAUAUAAAUGCAGAUUUGCCACCCCUCGAUGCAGAUUUAAUCAAGAUGAUGGAUUAUUUGAAUGCUAACUUGACAUUUGACACAAGUGUCAAAGAACUUGAACAGGAAAAUCAUGUUAAAGUUAGAGAAUAUCUUGUUGAAAACUUUCUUCCCAAAGUUGAUGCUGAUUCAGAUGAAGAGUUGAUGAAAACUGUGGGUAGUAGUUCCAGAGUUUUGAUAUAUCAUAUUGAAGCUGGAAGACAUGACUUUCAAAAUGACCUAAAAGAAAUACUUUAUGAUUUGUUGUUGACUUCUAGAACAGUGGAAGAAAUGAGGUUCACAACAAUGCUGGAGAAGUUUUGCAGAAUGUGUAACCUAAAGGGAAGGAUUCUAAAACAGAUCAAACGACAUCUGGAGGAAAUAAAGGUAACAUUUUCCUAUUUCCAAUGUAACACUGUACAGUUUGAAGAAAUAAUGACCGGGAACCAGUGUGUGAACAGUCCUGUUGUGUACUAUAGCAGACCAUAUAAUUACUUAAAGGCUGCAGAUAGAAAAGAAUUAAUAACACCAUUACUUACACUUGGAUUUGUUCAGUUUUCUCCAUGUUGCAUCAGCAGAAAAGAACAGCAGAUAGAGAAUGUAGACUAAGCAGUAUCUACCAUAUUUUAAGUUUGUUUUGAUUGCUUUUAUAUUUUUGUAUAAGUAGCUCAGUUUCUAUAAACAGGGCCAGUUUCAAUUGAUAUUUUCAAAUACCAUAUUUGCAAGAUAUGAUUCGUAUUAAUUUGUUGCUUUUAACCUGCUUCUAUGUUCAUCAAUGCACAUAUAUAGAGUGAUUGAUAACAUUUAGGGUUGACUUGGGUAUAGAAAUAUUGCAAUCCAUUGACUUUUCCCAUCUAGCAGUAAAACCAUUCUUAGAGUAAGGUGUCCUUUUGUGAGUAAACUAAAAUCAUACUUUCAGCUAUUAUUUAUUAAAACCUUUGUUGAAAUAAAGCUUAUAGCUUAGGGCAAUAAAUAUAUUUGUUGUUUAAGGCUUAGGGUUUCCUGACUAACCCUAAUUUUUUUUAUGUUGAUUUUGAUAUUUUGAUGAAUUUUUGUAUUAUUUUUGACAGGAAAAAGAGCAACAUCAGACAUGUAUGAAUUUUAUCUUGCUCCCUAAACAGUAUUUGUUUAUAUAUGUAAAUAUUUAUUUAUUUAUCCACCAUGUUUUACCAAUUUGAGUUAUUUAAAUCUGAUAUGAAAUUAGCUUUCAUAUGAAAUUGUAAUUGUAAAUGGUCUUCACAAAAGAAAUUAAUGUAAGCUGAAAUUCACUUGAUUUUAGCAUUAAUUAAUUUUUUAAUUGUUUCACAUCAACUUAUAUAAAUUUUUUAAGUUCAUCAGUUGUACAUACAGCCUUUUUGACAAAGUAUUUGCACCUAUCCUUCCUUUUAAUCAGGUUUCGAAUAAAUUGUAAGUAAUUGUCUAAUUUCUUGAAAAUAAAAGCAGGGCAAAAAUGUCUAGAAUAACAAGAUUUAUCUUCUUUCCAUCCCUCCUCCAUCCACCCCCCCCCCCCCCCCCCCCAAAUUUUCAGUUGCCCAUAAUUGACAAUUUUUACCAAUUUCUUGUGUCUUUUGCCUUAAUCUUGAAAACUGUUUAAAAAAUUUGCUUAAUUAGGGUUUUGACUAAGAUUUGACAGUUCUAUUGAGCUUAAAUCAAGUUUUUCUCUUACUUUGCUUUUUAUAAAACAGUUGUAUAUCUGCUAAUGUUUACCAGUAAGUCAUUUAGGCUUUAACUAAAUUUUGAUAUAAUCUGAAUUGCAAUUUGUGCCUCCUAUUUUAUUUUAUAUGUGAAAUAAGGAAGAAUCUUGUCUGUAGGAGUACGUUGUGCAUAUCAAUACACCAUAAAUCUUAAUGCAACACUUAAUUAUUUUGCAUAUUAAAUUGGUUAGAGAUAAAAUUGGUGUUGUUUUAAAAGUUUCAAAAUAUUCUGUUUUUAUUUGGUGAACAAAUUGCAACUACUUGUGUUUUGUUUUGAACACAUUUUUUGUUAGAUUAGAUUGCAUCACUAAAGAGACAUUAGUUAAUGCAUAUCUGGUGCAGUAAAAAUGGAACCCUUAAUGUUAUGUUAUUGCAUUUUGACCAUAUUAAAUAAUUUUUGUUGAUUUUAAAAGCAUUUUACCUUAACCUUAUUAGUAGAUUUUUAUUAUUCUAGAAGGUUCAUAUACACAUUUAUUUAUUAAAUACAUAUUUGUUAUCCAGAUUAUGCACAUGUUUUGAUAGUAAACAUG